AUGGGUGGGAUAUGAACACCACGGCUUUGAAGGUCAGCAGUUUAUCCUUGAAAGGGGCGAAUAUUCCCGAUGGGAGGCCUGGAGUGGGAGUAUCUCCUACCAUGUGGAAUGGAUGAUGUCCUUCAGACCCAUCUACUGUGCGAGCCACUCGGACUCUCACAUGGAAAUCUAUGAACGUGAGAACUUCGUGGGGCGUCAUGAAUAUCUUUGCGAAGACUACCCAUCCCUACAAGCCAUGGGCUGGAACAACAACUACGUAGGGUCCAUGGUGGUUAAGAAUGGAGCGUGGGUAUGCUAUCAGUUCCCAGGAUACCGUGGGUAUCAGUACAUCAUGGAAUAUGAUCGUCACUGCGGAGAGUUUAAACACUGGAAACAGUGGGGGACCCACAGUCCAACAUCACAGAUCCAAUCCAUCCGGAGGAUUAUACACUGA